AGGCGCUCGGCGCUCGGCUCCUUCCCCAAAAUGGCGGCGGCGGCGGCGGGCGGCGAGGCGGGAAGCGGCGGCGCGGUGUGAGGCGGCCGCGGCGCCUCCCCCCCCGUCUCCCAUCCUCGGGGCCCGCUCGGACCUUUUCCUUUAGAUGGGAACGGGGGAAGGAGCCCAGACCUGGCAACACGUCCUGAGGCUCCUGCAGGACCGCCAUGGCUUAUGAUGACUCCAAGAAGAAAGAAGAGUUCCUAGACAGUGACCGAAGUGAUGUGGAGCUGGCUUCAGUCAGGACACAGCGAGAGAAAAAACGGUCUUACAGGGACCAGCUGCAAGAGGAGGAGAGAACACAGGUCAGGAAGCCUCCAGAGAAAAGGUUUAAGGACAGCGAGCUCUUUCCAGGCACAGAAUCUCACAAAAAGAAGAAGAAGCACUCCUCCGAUGAGUACUGCUCCAGAGAUCUCUCAUCUUCGGAUCCACCAUCAAAGAAGAAGAAAAAAACAGUUUCUAGCCCAUCCUCGGCUGAUAAAAACAUGGACGUACUCAAGGCUGUCACCUCGCCUUUGGCCACAAGCUCCAAGUCUUCAAAGAAGACAUCUGAAAAAUCAUCUUAUUCUUCCUCUGGCCAUUCUGAAAGCAAAAAGGAGCACCACAAGAAGAAAUUGAGUGGAAGCAGUGGGGAACACUCAGUGGAUGAUGGCAGCUACCACAAAUCUAAAAAAAUGAAACCUCUCUAUGUGAACACAGAGACCCUCACUCUUCGUGAACCUGAUGGCUUGAAGAUGAAGCUUAUCCUUUCACCAAAAGAGAAAAGUAGUGCAGCAGAUGAUGAUUCUUUCUCCUACUCCUCAGCAGCAGCAGCUGCAAAGAAAUCUUCCAAAAAAUCAUCUCGAGAUGAGCAGGGCUCAUUCCAUAUGGGUCAUGAAGUGCAGAGCUUCCAGAAGUCAUCCCGGAAGAAGCACAGACCUCCUCCAGACCCACAUCCCCCUUCCGAGAGUUUUGGUGCUGACACAUCUGUGUUUUCAGAAGGCCAUGGGAGUGAGUAUGAGACUUCGGGUAUGGAGGCACCACCAGAAUCUGGUUCCUCUUCUGGUGGGGAGUUGGAGGCUGGGGAGCUAGUGAUAGAUGACUCCUACCGGGAAAUCAAGAAGAAGAAGAAAUCCAAAAAAAGUAAGAAAAAAAAAGACAAGGAGAAACACAGAGAGAAGAAGCAUUCUAAAUCUAAAAAGAGUUCUGGGCACUCUUCUGUGGCAGUAGCAGAAGUAACAGUGUCACCACCACCUCCUUCCAGUACUUCCUAUGUUGUUCCUCCAUCUCAUCCUACUAUUUAUCACUCAGAUGGACAAAGUGAGAAGAGGAGGAAAAGGGAAGAAAAGGAGAAGGAAAAAGCUGAAAAAUGGGAAAAGCCAAAGAAGAAAAACAUGUCUGCCUAUCAAGUGUUCUGUAAGGAAUAUCGUACAAAUAUUGUUUCUGAGCACCCCAGGAUAGAUUUUGGAGACCUGAGUAAAAAGCUAGCAGAAGUGUGGAAGCAGCUCCCUGAGAAGGAUAAACUGGUCUGGAAACAGAAAGCUCAGUAUCUGCAGCACAAGCAGAAUAAAGCAGAAGCCACCACUGUGAAGCGAAAGGCAUCGUCUUCAGAUGGUGCUCCAAAAAUAAAAGCUUCUCCACCAGGAGUGAUUUCCCCUCAAAAGAAAUCCCCCACCAGCACUGUGGUGUUGCCUUCCUCACCAGCCAAAGCCCCUGAGACUGAUCCUAUAGAUGUAGCUGCGCAUUUACAAUUGCUGGGCGAAUCUCUGAGCCUCAUUGGGCACAGACUGCAGGAAACAGAGGGAAUGGUGGCUGUUUCAGGAAGUUUGUCAGUACUUCUGGAUUCUAUCAUCUGUGCUUUGGGCCCAUUAGCAUGUCUGACCACACAACUACCUGAGCUGAAUGGCUGCCCUAAGCAAGUUUUGUCAAACACACUAGACAACAUCGCCUACAUCAUGCCUGGACUUUGAUGGGAAAAGAUCCUGGGAUUUACUCAACUUCCGUGUAACUGACCUGUGCACAUAUGCACUACACCGGCACUCCCGAAGGACUCUGUGUGUAGGGUUUUAAGUUUUUUUUAACUGUACAGUAUAUACAUAGGAUUGUAACUGUCUUAUUUUUUGAAAAGUUGUGAAGUUAAGCUGAGAGAACAGAUCUUUGCUGGUGGAUGAAAUGUCAUCCAAUCUAAAAGUAUUUGUAUGAAGAAUUCAGAAAGGUUCUGAGAUACUAGCCUUAAAUUAAGAUCCUUUAGUGGGGGAAGCAGCCAGAGAACGGAUUUUUCAAUAUUAGGAAGGACACAUCACCAUGAGAGUAGUCAUAGAAACAACCCAGAAAGGUUGUUGAAUCUCCAUCCUUGUUGAUACUUAAAUACUGAGUGAGCGGCCUAGUGUAGUUGGACUUUAUUUAGAAGCAGGGGGUUGGACAAGAUGACCUCCUGAUACCCUUCCCAGUGUAAAGUAUUCUUGUAUUCUAUGGGCACGUAGAGAAAGUAAUGUAGGUCGGACCAAGAAAUAGAAUUGAACUCUUCACCAGCCCUAUUUCUAAUUUUCAGUUUAAAAUCUGCUCAAGGGGAAAGCUGGAUAGUUGAUCAAAGAUGCAGAGGGCUUUCCCUCUUGGACACAUCUUCUACCCCCCCUCUUCAGUCAGUAAUAACUGAAAGUUGUCGGUGUCAGCUCCCUGGUCUGGUAGCUGGCAUUUGGCGUGAAGUUGAAGAUGACAGAGAAUUUAAUCUUUUCUUGUGGACUUGCAUCCAAAUCGUCACUAGCACCGAUUUAUCGACAGACUUCAUUGGCUUGAGGGGAUGCACCUCCUGCUGAUUUUUCUAGGGCACGGUCAGCCUGCUUUGAUGGAGAGGAGAGCGAUAGCGGAUGGGAAAAACUUGGAUCGCUUCUGCCCAUCUCGCCCCUUGUUUGUGAACAGACAACCCUGGUUUCUGAGUUUGCUGCUCCCCCACCCCUUUCACCAGCAGUUUUGAAAGAGCCGUGGUGCUGCUGCGAGACGUUGACUAGUGACCAAUUUGAAGCCGUUGCAGCCGACCAAGCGUUAGUUUUUCUCAGUGUUAGUGGAAGAGGCAGAAGCUUCUCACGCCACCACCCACGUUCUCAACCCAAGCCUCAGACCAGAGCAUCGGUGUUUUAGCAGCGUGUGAGUAACCCCAGCAAGCCUGGAACUGGAAAGGGCCUGGCAGGGAGGCGAUCUGCUCCUGCUUCUCAUCCCGGGCACUAGCAAAGGACCCUGCUGCGAAGCAACCAGCCCUCACAGCUGAGGGUAAAAAGGUUUUACAGGAAAAAAACCUUUACGAGGACCAGAGGGAGACCUGCUCCAGCUUUGUGACCUCUACAGCAGAAAACCCUUCCUGGAAGAGCCCCGAGGGUUUUGCCCGCACCUCGCCGCUUUUACACUUCGCGCCCCAGCUCCCGACGGCCCCUUUUUGUACGGCUCCGACAAUAUAUUUUUGUUACACACCC